AUGACUAGAUUAAUCUUGUCUACUGGGAACAUCAUCUCGGGUGGCCCCUCCAUCAUCCGAAAACCGGGAGCCUACAGAUCCAACCUCGAAUUGACCAACUCGCUUCGAAGCAGUUUUCUGGCAGCCCAACAGGACUAUGGCGCGGCCGCCCUGAGCGACGCAAAUGGUGCCGCCACCAGCAACGGCACUGCACCUGUGCCGUCACAUGUUAAUGGCGACAAAACCGCGACCGACGUCUGGACAGAGAAGGUUGGCGAUAUACUAUAUGUUCCUCGCAUUGACUGGUCACUGGCCGGUUUGCAAGAGGACAGGGAGGCAUACGAGAUUACCUUGAAACUCUUCUUCUUGCCCACGGCGCCUGUUUCCCAACGCCCCGAAUAUAUCGAAGCGGCUUUGCAAUUAGUCAAGAAAGAGCUGGGAGUUAAAAAUGUCGACCUACUUAUCGUUUCGUUCCCUGGCAUCGCCUUUGAGGGCGACUGUGAAUGGGAAGCAGACAAGUUGAAUGCGACAAUGGGCAGCGAGGAAGACGAGGCCACAACAUGGGCAACCCUAGAAAAACUCCACGAAAGAGGCGAGGUGCAAAGGCUCGGUCUCGCCGAGUUUGGCACUGAGAAAUUGUCACACUUUAUCCAAAAGACAAAGGUUCGACCGGCAGUGAACCAGAUCAACACUAGGAAUUGUUGCAACGUCCCGCCGCCCUUGAUAGAGCUGGCCAAGAAGGAAAACAUAGAGCUUUUGACGCAUACCGAUUGCACCGACGUACUGCCAGGCGGGACGCUGCGAGAGCUUCUCGGCCAAGGCCUGCAAGGCGCGGGUAUUCUGGCAGACGAAAGCUCAAGCGAGGGUCUCAAGGGUGACCUUAUGCCGCAAUGGGUGGUGAAAUACACUGCAUUUGUAAAGGACCGUGGUGUCAUUGAGAACAAGGGCUAUUUUGCCGGCGCACAACUGCUUGGGGAAUAA